GUCACUUCACAGUAGCUGUCAAUGUGGACAGUCCUGAUGCAUGGUCAAUGUGGGUACCUUGCUCCUCUUUGAAAUUUGCCUCACACUUGCUAUUGGUACACAAUGUUGCCAGCUUUGGUCAUUUUUCAAGGGGCCUAGGCCAAGCUGCAGAAGUGUGGCUCAGCAUAAGGCCACACCAUAGUGACCAUAAUGUGAACGUUUGCAGAGGUGACAACUAGCUUGGUUCGCAAAGUAAAGGAAGUCAUCCACAUGUCUAAACCAGUAAUGAGAGACAAUUAAACAAAGCACAAGGCCUGAAAGGAGACAUUAUAAAGGAAGAUCAUUAAAUCAUACAUUAAAUCAUACAAAUAUACUAUAUCAUAACUUUAUUUUAAAAUAAUAGUAAUGAUUGAGGUAACCAAAUGCAUUAGAUGCUAUUUUGCUACAAUAGAUAUGUUUUCGUUAAGAUGCUUAGGUCAUUUGUAAAAACAAAACAGCCUUGUCAGAGAAGGGCAUAAACUAAGGUAAAGAUGAAACUGGACACUGCUGAACAGCAUUACACAAAGGGGGGAAAAGAGAUAAAAACCCUCCCUUCGAUUUUACCAAGGAUAUAAAUCCCAGCUAAUUGACACCUUCCAAGUCCACAAGAGAUCUGGUUCAGUCCAGUCCCCAAAGUUUCAGUGAAACAAAUAAAUUUAAAUAAAAUCAAUUGAAGAACAUUUAUUAGAAUAUUGAGAAUGAGCUACUUAUAAAUAUGGGGUGUAGGCUGGAGGGAAAUUUGGAGAACUCAGCAAAUUUAAAAAGACCUGCUGCCAAUCUACAUGCCACUCUCCUCCCCACUUUUGAGUCUCCCCAGUUAGUAUACAGGAGAAUCCAUGUUGUGCUGUUAUGGGUAGCCAGAUAGAUUUGGGGAUAAAUGUUUCUUUUUGUGUUUUGAGUGCAAGCAAAUAAAAGAUUGGGCUGUAAACCUGUUUCUGCCUCUUAUUAGUAGCCAACUUCCAAGGUUACCUGUAAUUUGGGUAACAACUAAGAGGGAGCCCAUAUGGGGAGUUUAUGCAGUAACUUCUUCACAUCUUCAUUCACAUCUUACCAUACAAAGCACUGAUCUCCUUGUACAAACAAGCCCCUGGGCAUGUGCUUAAAGCAGAGUCUAUGCAUAGUGCUCUUUUGAGCUGGGGAAGUCCUAUGCUCCCAACUCAGGCAGAAAACAAGGUAAAGUUGCAUGUUGGUUAGUGUGUAUGUUCACCUAAAUAAGCUUCCAAGAAUUAAGCAUAAAUGUUUGCAGGAGCUGCUAGUAAUUUGUAAGUAUAACUUGUGCUUAAGAUAAAGCAUCAGACUUGGCUACUGUGCCAUCACAGUUGGAGGCAGGCUCCUUGUAAUCUGAUUUACCAGCUUGCUAUAGGAUGGGACCACAAACAUGGGAGGAAAAGGAGAGGUAGAAGUGGAGGCAGCAUGUCUUGAUAUGGAAGAGCAUCCUUUGGAUACUGUUCAUAACCCCUGCAGUCCUAAUGAUUUUUUAUUCCCGGCUAUCCAGGGUUUUUCCUCUGCUGAGGGAACGUCAAUUGGUUCAAGUGCAGUACCAUGCAAAAGCAGCUAUGCGCCUUCCAGUUUAACUGGUAGCAUGGAUGGAGCAAUGCAGUGUGUUUGCAUGUGCUGUGGCUGGGCAUCGUAGGUCUGGGAUGUGCUCAGUCUGUGUGAACUGACAUCUUGACUGCCUGCUUCAGAAGAAUGAAGCACUGCUCAAAGGGAGCCAUGUAGAAAAAUAAAGUUAAUUAAGCUGCUUCUAUAAAAGCAGCCAGGCAAAAGCUGAGGGAUGGGUAGAGAGAAUAUUUGCUCCAUUUUUUUUUGGAGCUCUCUACGGUGAUUGGUUUUAAAGGGCAAAAACAAGUUGUUUCCCCAAGACUAAUAAUAGGCAGUUUCUUUUCUGUUAAUAGCAUGAAAGCAUCAGGGAUAUAAUGCUAACUUGGCUUUGUUUUGCUUGCAUCUAUUAGUUGAGAAGCUCAGAAAUGCCUUCCAAUAUACACCUAGACUUUGGUGGAUGCCCCUGUAAGACAUCCAUGGCUGCUUAAGUGUGCACAAGUGCAGCUGAUUUCUUUGAAAGGGGUUGUGACCUUCCCUGGGCAACCUGCAGUGGUGAGCCCCAAGUCACAAAUGCAGAUGCUGAGGUAAAAAACUGGAAUUUCUUGCUUAAUUUUAGUAUGCUAAAAGCAAAACUGAUGCUUAAUAGCUUGAAUUUAAAAUGAAAACAAGAGUAGGUUCUUGAUAGCUAGGACAGGUUUGCCAGGAACCGUAUUACACUGGGAGUGUGCUUCAACUGGGGCUUCCAUUUUCAAAAGUGAGAGGCUGAUUUCUGUUGCAUCUGCUCGAUGCUAAUUUUUAACUAAAUAUAACCUUUCCACUAAAUUAGCUUCUUUUUCACUAACCAGAGAUGCACCGUAUCUGUGAAUAUUUCUAUAGCUUACAAUGCGUUUACUCAGAUUCUGAAUUUAACCCUUUUUUCUCCAGUGACUGACACAUUUCUUGUUUCCCAGAUAAUCAAUUUUUUACUCCUGAUUUGUGUCAGCUGCUUUUGGAUGGAAAUUUGAAUUCAGGAUACAACUUAUGUAGUUCAAAUGAAGUACCGUAAGUGUGCUAGAGCCAGAAGAAAAAUAUAUUUCUAAAAUGUAUUUUGCAUUUAAAACAAACUGAUUUAUAAAACAAAGUAAUUACUAACUGUAGUUAGUGAAUUCAACUGGCUGGUUCUGCUUGACCAUGCUCUUCAAGGUUUUAGAGCUGCCUAGAUUCACCCUUGCAUGCCUUAUUUUUAUUGAUAAAUCAGAAGAAAUCUCAUUUUCCUGCAUUUCUAAUGGUUUUGCAGCUUUGAAUAGUUUUGGUAACUAAACUAGAUGAAAAGCUGAGUGAAGAAACAUGCUUUGCACCUGAAAAUCAGAUUACUGCUCUUCACAAGCACUUCAACUAUUUUUUUUUCCUAAGUGCCUAGCCAGUAGCUUCUUCCUGUUCGAUGCUAGUUUUUCAUUUGGCAUCAUAUACAUAUUACUUAACUGUACUCAGUGUAUUUUAAUAGUCUAUAUUAAAUUGAAGCCCUAAUACAGGUAGUCACUGUUUCAAAUUUAAUUUUAAGGGGGUUCACGCUUUACAGAGAAAAUCUAUUUUAUUUUAAAAAAAAAUCUAUAUUUAUCCACUUUGCCUGAUGUCCACAUUGAUGUAUGGGUGUUAACUUGGAUAAAAAAGGUUGUAUCUGGUGACUCAUUAUUUAUACUGGGCUGUAAAUGUAGAUGCGCCAUAGCAGAAAGGGUAAGAUCUGUGCCUGUGAUGCGCUGAAUGAUCUAUUACUGUGUGGUAGCAGGACCUUGCAGGAUGAGUUUUCAAUGUAUACAAAACAUAGGUCCAAAUUUAGGGCACAGGAGGGUGAGGACACUUACUUGAUGAAUAGAUGAGUGUAGGAAGCAUUCAUGCAAGUGGGGUGGGACAGAUGAUGGGAGGCAGUUCCAAAUAUAGCAGACAGCAAGAGGCAUGAUGGAAAGCUGAAUGACAAAGAGAGGAAGGGGAACAGCAAGGCAAGAGGUUAGGACUGAACACAGAGCAGGGGGAAGAAGAGAAGGAGUCCAGAGGGUAUGUGGUUGAAAAUUAAGUGUUGCCAUGUGAGCAUUAAUAAUAUUUUGGUCCAUUUUUAGGCUGUUGUGAAACAAGGCUUCCUCUCCUUUGUGGCCAUGAGAGAUCUGUGUACCCUGACAGAUCUGUGCCUAGCCAGACCCAUCUUCCAUCUCACAAGGCUCAGAAAAAAAGCAGCAGGGACAGGAUGGGGGGAAAGCAGCAGGUCCGAAGCCUAAGAAAGAUGUUGAUAGUUAAUCACCAUAAAGGGGAAGUUGUGGGAGUGGCUAGGAUGCGCCUGCAUAAAACCAAACUCUGCCCUACACAGUCUGGUCUUUCCCGUCACAUGCUGACUGAGAAUGAGCUUCACUGAGUACUGCCGUGCACCAGUCGUGGCCAGCUAAGGGCUACAGGGACCCCCGACUAGAGGAGGAAGGAGCCCAUGGAAUGCAAGAGCUCUAAGAGAAUGCUGCGCAUGCCCAAGGCUGAAGGGAUGCUGGCUAGGACCCCAUCAAAGAAGUGGGUCUGGCUCGGGCUCUUUGUGUUUCACCAAUUUAGUCUCGGCUUUGCUCACAAGACACAGGUGGCCAUCGCCAAAAUGGGAGAAGAAGUAACCUUACCCUGCUGCUAUGAAACACGCAGCGAAGACAUCCCAAGUAACUACCGUGUCUACUGGCAAAAGAAUGUCACAGAAGUAGUGAUCGCUUAUUCGUUUGGGAAUUGGCUCCCGAAUCCCAUUAACCGUUCCAGCCUGAACCAAAGAACCUUUGCUCUGUCAAUCACCCAAGUGGAAAUUUCAGAUGCAGGAAGCUAUACAUGCAUAGUUCAACGUGUGGGAUCUGUCAAGCUCUGCGACCAGACUGUGAUUCUUUCAGUUAUAGCUGACUUCAGCCAGCCAGCUAUAUCACUCAAAAAGCCAUCAGACUGUGAAUCAAGUGAGGUGGUGGUGAGCUGCUCUUCUUAUGGGGGCUUUCCAAAGCCCAAAGUCUCUGGAUUCUUCAAUAAUGUGUCUGUGGACUGGAACACCAGCUUAACAUCUGACGCCAAAACCAGCCUCUAUAAUAUUACUGGCAUGGCACGGUUCAAUGUGACUGAAAAUAUGAAUCUCAUGUGUUCCGUUGAGUACAGUGACAGGACCGUGUCUGGAGAAUACCCUCUGACAAAACCAGACAACUGUGAAUCGUUUAAGGAGGAUCCACCAUCUCAUGAAGUUAUUAUUGCUUCAAUUACAGUCCUAAGUAUUUUCCUUGUGGCCAUUAUUUUGCUGGUGAGGUACUUCAGGUGUUCUGCCUGUGAACGUGUGAGGAGUUCUUACAACGGUACUAGUCAGCCAACAGCAACAGAAGAUGAAACCAAAUUGGGUACGAAGACAACAAUGUUCCAGUUCUGCACAAUGACAUCUGAAACAUCUUCCUUCUGAUAAGACCACAUUGGCAGGUCUCUUAUCCUCAGUGCCCUGCACUGCAUUCCCAUUGUCCUCCAUGACUGGUGCUUAUUCCAUAGACCCUUUGACUCUUCAAGAGGAGGACAGAGUAGAAGGUAAAAUCUGCUCAAAUGGACUGGGAAGAUGUCUUUUGUGAAUAAAAAGCCCCCUACAGGAGCACUAGGAGGGUAACACGCCAGGACCCUGCCUCUGCAACCCCACCUUGAGGAAAGCUCUGUUUCCCUGGUGAGCCGCAAGAAGAAACUUCAGCAGCAUCCUGAUGCUCCAAAAUGCCACCUGCUUCCUCAUAGUCUGGGAUGUUUGGCUUUGCUGCCUCUGGGGUUAAGGUGAGCAUGGAGGUUUGCCACAUCAAUCUCUCUCCUUUAGUGAGGAGGCACUGGGCCUUUGGAAACUAGAUUCCAACAUGCAGUCUCCAAGCACAGGUUGAGCCUCUGUGGUAUAACCGUAGGCAGCUAUUGUCAGCUCCAUUCAUGCCUAGCCCGUUGGGUUCUGACACUUUGCUAGUGCAAUUAUUGGGCUACGAUUUUUGAUUGAGGAUGUAUUAGAGGACUUGGGUGCUGUUUCUCCAACAAGGAAGCAAGGUUCAGCUCCUACUUAGGAAAGAGCAAAGCAGAAAUGGGAAAAAAUAUGCUUAUUUCAGUAACCAUAACUUAAUGCAGACUGGAACAGCAUGCAUAAGCCGACAGUACAGUCAACAGUCAGCUAACAAACACACCUACUUUGCAGCGCUUGUGACCAUCUCGCUCAGCAGAAAGGCUCCUCCAACCAGUGAGCCAACAUGCAUGUCCUUUAGCUCAUAAAAAGGAGAACCCAGAUACUCAGGGGCAUGCCUGACAUGUCCCAGCCCACUGGGUGUGGCUGGGCUUGCAGACACAACUGCCUUGUUACACACAUUUCCCAUCAGCACUUGUUCUGAUGUCCUGUGCACAUGCAUGACCACAUCACUCCACAGGUAACCCAUGUGAGAAUAUAACAUGAGGCAACAUACGAUUCAUAAUGUCUAGCUUUAAAAACUCAGGCUGUGGCCCUCUAGUGCGAGGGGAGGUCAGCUAUCUAUAAAAAUGCAGUGGCCCUUGUUACAAUAGGUUCUCCACAGUGCCAGGGAAGAAGGGUUUCUAUUGGUCUCCCAUAGGGAGAUGAGCAGUAUAGGACUUCCCUUGCUUGGAAUGCAGUGGUUCUCAUGGUCUAUGCCCCCCUAUAUCAAGUCAGAAGCUGAAGCAUGGAAGAACCUCACUGGACUCUAGCACUGGAUAGGACCUACCCACAUCCUGUCUGUCUGAUUUUAUUCCCUACUGUGUAGGAAAGAGACAUUUCUCAUUUUAAAGGGAAAACCAGAACCUAAGAGAUUUCUUGCACAAUGGAACUAACUUCAUUUGGCCCCAGCUUGUCCAUGGUCUUUCUUUGCUCUGCUGUUAAUUCUAUGUUUUAGCUUCAUCCAGCAUAUUCUUCAGCCAUGGGUAAGCUUUAGCCAGGAGCUGAAGGUCAGUAGAAUGGAUGUCGGCUGGGAGAAGGGUUGCCAAAAGCGCUGCUUUGAUCCCAGGCAGCUGUAUGUGGGCACCUGCCAGCAAGUUUGCAGCGGAGGUGCAACAAUGAAAUGUUCCAAAUCUCUUUCUUUUCUGAUAAAAGGUGGGUGUGAGAGAAAUUAGUGGAGGGAACAAGGAUGAAAACAAGGGUGGGGUAUAGUAGAGCAGUGGGAGACCAUCCUUUUUAGCAGGUACGCCACAAAUUUAGCCCUGCAUCCUCCCUGAGUGCUACUCAAACCCCCUUCCCCUGCCUAAUUUGCUGCUCUGUUUUCUCCUGCCCUGUGCUUCCUACCCAAUCUGCUCCCCUUUCUACUUCCUGCCAGAUCUGUUGCUCUGCUUUCUGCCUUACCUGUUGCUGUGCUCCCUGUCCCCUCCCUGAUCUGCCACAUACAGAGACUAACUAUGCUACUUGUGGUACGCGUGCCAAAUCUGAGGGGAGUGAAAAAUUAAAGUAUGGCAAUUCUACAUGGUCCCCUCUACCAACAACCAAGCUGCUCAUUUAGCUACUUCUACUCCUUCCCUUUGGUGUCCUAAGUUUGGAGCUGCUCAAUAUUCCAAAUGGAGACUUUAAGGAAGAGACUGCACUGAGAGUGGCUGUUAGGCCACAAACUGCUGCUGUUGGAAAGGAGAUGGUGCCCAAGCACUGCACAGCUUUUGACCAAACACCCUCUGCCCUUUGCAGUGAAGCACUUAUACUCACUGGCUGACCAGAUGGGUUACUCUUGUGCCAUGCCACAGCCACAACCAGGGUACCUCAGAGUGCCAAAUAAGGCACCAUUGUGAGUAGGGACAGCUUGGCACAAUGGCAUCUCAAGGAGUUGGUGCACGGUGGGUGGGUGAAAUGGUUUCCCUUAUUCUUCAUUUACUUCCUGGCUCCCUGCUGCUCUUGAUGUCCAUGGGUGGCAGGCAGGAGCCUGCCAUCGCUAAACGUCUACCUUAUCACUUCUAUACCUGCUUGGCAACUUAAAUCUUCAUGCCUGCUUUCAUACCACUCUGUGCAUUGCCCCACACUUCAAGCCUGCUCUCCUCCAGAACGUCUUGUUCCGUGAUGCAGCCCAUUAAAACAACCACGGAUAGGCUCCCAUACAACCUUCUUCCUCAGGCUGUUCCAUGCUUGAUCUGUGAUCCUAACAAAAGGUCUCUGAGGGGAGGGCUUGUCUCCUGUAUAGUGAUCUCUUCUGUAAAUCACCACAGGCCUGUAGGAUUUUGAAGAACAGCAACUCCUGACUGAUAAGGAAUUUUGUACUGACAGAAUUGUAAUAGACUUAAGGUUUGAUUAUUUUUCUUGUAAAACAUGAUCCAUGUUUUCUAUUGUCUCACGCUGUUUUCAGUGAAUUGCACACAAAUGGUUUCCAUGAGACCUUUUCAGCUUGUUUUGUGCCUGAACUUUUCACAUCUUAAUUUUUGAUAAGAUAUUCAUUGUAUUAAGAGUAAACUUACAAUUAGUUUCUUCCUCUUAAUAAUAAA